CUUCUCACCACCGAGUCCCCCCCCCAAAUCCGCAUCGUCCAGGCCGACCCAGGACCCAACCCCACCACCGACUCCACAGGCACUAAAGCCAUGAAAUCCGUGAGACCCGCAUCGAGCCCGACUGUCGCGCGGUGCACCCUUCCAGGCCACUUCCCUGCAAGAUUUACGUCCUAUGAACACUUUGAGAACCACUACAGGAAGGCCCAUUUGAACCGCUGCUUGGAGUGCGACAAGAAUUUUCCCGACGAGCACUUCCUAGAUCUCCACAUUGCGGAGAAUCACGAUCCAAUCCAGCGAUUGAGGAUGGAACGUGGUGAGAAAACGUUCCGCUGUAUCCUCUCUACCUGCGAUAGGGUCUGCAGCACUGCCGAAAAGCGUCGUUUGCACUGCAUUGACAAACACAUGUUCCACAGGAAUUAUAAUUUCCUCGUCGUAGACCGUGGCAUUACCAAGUUUAGCAUGAGCAUGCUGGUCCGACAUCCAGCCCGAUGCAACUCGACGACAACAUCUACUUCCAUGGCCGAGAGUGACGCGAGGAGU